GCUGCAGGCUGCUCGGGCCCUGCGACAGGCCUCGUCACCCGUGAAGCUCCGCGUGUUGCGAGAAAACCCAGAAGUGCUGUUCGUCACCGAUGAAGAUCCAUGUCGGUUUGUUACUAUAGUUCUGAAGAAAACCAUAGUAACGGAAUCUCUUGGACUCAGUCUGAUGGGCAGUCGAAACCCGGAAGCCUGGCGUCGCGCAACGGGAAAAUUCUUCAGGGUGACAGGAUCCUUGAAAUAAACGGACAAGACGUGCGGAAAAAGAGCCAGGCGGACGUUUCAAAGCUGCUGCGCGACCUGGAGGGAGAAGUCGUCAUUGUUUUCGGGCGAGUUCCGAACAAGGCCAUGUCAAUUCAAGAAUGGUCUCGCCAAAAGGCAGCUGCGUUGAACUCGGACGUGAGUCCGGAUCGAACCACAGCCGUGAGGUCCCGGGCUUUCACAUGGUCCUACGCUUCUCCGGCAACAUCGACCCCUUCAAUGCGCUCAAGUUCCGACAAACAAAACAAGUAA